GCUGUUUUUUUGCCACGUGUAAGUAAAGUUAGCUCAUCGAUGGAGCAGAGGCUCGCCGAGUUCAGAGCCAGGAGACAGGCUGUUGUUAGGAAGGACGAGGAGACAGCAGCACAGACGAUGCAGGACACAGCUCCACCGACUGACACGACACCGACAGCUGACACACAACAGACAGAAGAGGAGGAGGCUUCACCUCAGAGCUCUCCGAGCAAGGACGGCGGUGAUUGGCUGCUGGACAGCGCUCUGGGAAAGUGGCUGUCCUCGAAACAAGUCGUCUGCUCAAACCUCACCUUGCUUAAAGUGCUGCUGUGGCUGGUGUUGCUUGGUCUCUUUGCUGAACUGGAGUUUGGCCUGCCUUUCUUCGUCAUCUCCCUCUUUUACUGGCUCUAUGAAGGACUCCGCAGCCCAGCUGCCCGCGAGCCCGGAGAACUGAGCGCUUAUUCUGUCUUCAAUCCGGACUGUCAGCCUCUGCUGGGCUCUCUCACUGCAGAGCAGCUGGAGGGAGAGAUGGGUUACAGACCACUGGCUAACAGAUGAAUUGCUUGUGAUUUGCACAUUUAUUUCAAAUAAUCAGAUUGUUUGUCUUUUCAGAAUUGUUAAUUUUAUUCAGGAACGUGCAGGGACAAUGUCAAUUUAUUAUUUCUGUAUAACACAUUAAUUUGAGGAAGGUUAACUUAAAGUUUUAUUCCUGUACCUGUGUCUUCUUUGUCACAGAUCACCUGUGGUUUAAGGAAGCGGGUUAUACCACAUCAGAUAUCAUGUCAUUAAAGACUUUCAAAUCCAUCUUUGGUUUUGAACUUAUCUCCAUUUCCUGUACUGGCCAACAUGGGUUUGGUAGAAGAUAUGUUUAUGUAUUUAGUAGUGAAAUGUGGAGAAACAAAAGGGGCAAGCUGCUUUUAAUUUAUAUGAAAAUGUUUAAACAAAUGGCUUCCCAGGUUUAAUAAAUCAUUUUUAAUAUGAAACAAUGUUGCAUUUUGUAUCUGAAAUCUGUCAUGAAAAGAAGUUCUUUUGAGGACUUUCCCUAAUAAAAAAUAAUAAAAUGAAAGCUAAUUAAACAAGCAAA